CCUCUCUUCCCAGAAGCCUUUGCAGCAGCUCAGUUGUGCUAGCUGCUAGGCUAACUGGUUCAGUCAGUUGGCGAUCUGUCAGCCUGCAGCUGAAAGCACACACACUGCUGGGCUCUACCUUCCGGAUUACACUCAUUUGAUGGCUGAAGAAGACCCUUUGAUGUCAUUUCAACUUGGCACUUGUGAUUGAGGACAGCAACACUGCCCAUUCUGCCACAGUAGAUAUGCUGUCACUAUACUACUGAGAGAAGAAUGACAUUUGUCUCAUUUUAAUUCCUGGAGCUGCUUCGGGCAAAGUUGAGGCUUGAUUUAAAAAGCUGCUGCUCUAAGCCAAGUUGGUCUUUUUCUCAGCCUACUUCUUUGCACUGCCGCAGUCUAAAGUGCAAACUGUUAUGGCAUCAGAGGCCAACUAAGCAAAAGGGGACUCUGGUUGUUCUGGACGAUCACACGGUGCUGUGGGAGUAGGGACUGGACCGGGAAACCAUGCCCACGGUUACACACAUCAUGCAAGAACACUAGGCUUCCUGUCAGAGCCCCUUCUGUGUGGCAUUUGUUUUUUUAUUUUCCUGCAGUCUCAUCAGUUUGGAUGGUUGAGCACAAGGGCUACUUUGAAGGAGCCCACCGGUGGCUGUGGUUUAGCCAAAGCUGACAGACUGUUUGCCAGCUAUUGCUGAUUUAGUACCCUUGUCCACUGCUGCCACUUGCUGUAGCCCCCUUGGUUGUGGUCUUCAGUAUGGUGAGUGGAGGCUGGAGGCAUCGCGGGAGUGGAACUGAACCAUUAAUCCUGGUGUAGCGGGUUGUUUUUUUUUCUUUCUUUUUUUUUUCUGCACCCUUAAGGAUUGCAUUUCAGUUUUUAAGGACAUUUUCUCUCUUUGCUGGGAAAAAAACAGUCAAGGUAAUUAAAAAAAAAUAAUUCAAACCCCAGAAAGACGACCGCUCCAGAAGAGGAUGAAGUUGAGGAAACAGGUGACAGUGUGUGGAGGGGCCAUAUUCUGUGUGGCUGUGUUCUCACUGUAUCUGAUGUUGGAUCGAGUCCAACAUGAUCCUGCAAGGCGACAGAAUGGCGGAAACUUUCCACGGAGCCAAAUCUCAGUUCUGCAAAACCGCAUAGAGCAGUUGGAGCAGCUCCUGGAGGAAAACCACCAAAUCAUCAGCCACAUAAAGGACUCUGUGAUGGAGCUCACAGACACAGGAGCUGUGUCUCCCAGCGGCCACCUGCCGUUCAGAAGUGCCAAUGGUUCCUGGGUCCUACCGUUCGACGGCCGUCCCACUUUCCUUGCUGUCAAGCCCCAGGAUUGCCAAGCGGCUUUAGGCAGCCAUGGUCAAGCAGACGUUCAGAUGCUGGAUGUGUACUCCAUUCUCAAGUUUGACAAUCCUGAUGGCGGCGUAUGGAAACAGGGCUUUGACAUUACUUAUGAACCUGAUGAGUGGGACAAUGAACCGCUGCAAGUGUUUGUGGUCCCCCACUCCCACAAUGAUCCAGGUUGGGUGAAGACUUUUGACAAGUACUUCACAGACCAGACGCAACAUAUUUUGAACAACAUGGUGGUGAAGCUGGCGGAGGAUCCUCGCAGGAAGUUCAUCUGGUCUGAGAUUUCGUACUUCUCCCAGUGGUGGGAGAGCGCCGACACACACAAGCAGGAGGCUAUGCGAAAACUGAUCCUUGGAGGGCAGCUAGAGAUUGUCACAGGAGGCUGGGUUAUGACGGAUGAAGCCAACGCCCACUACUUUGCCAUGAUAGACCAGCUCAUUGAAGGACAUCAGUGGCUGGAGAGAAAUCUAGGUAUAACUCCUCGCAGCGGGUGGGCGGUAGACCCUUUCGGUCACAGUGCAACCAUGUCCUAUAUACUGAAGAGGGCCAACCUGACCAGCAUGCUCAUUCAGAGGAUCCACUACUCUAUCAAAAAACACUUUGCCUCCACCCGUAACCUGGAAUUUAUGUGGAGGCAGGCCUGGGACACUGGAUCGAACACAGAUAUCUUUUGCCACAUGAUGCCGUUCUACAGCUACGACGUGCCUCACACAUGCGGGCCCGACCCAAAGAUCUGCUGCCAGUUCGAUUUCAAGAGGUUACCAGGUGGUCGCAUAAACUGUCCCUGGAAAGUGCCACCUAAAGUUGUGGUAGAGGCCAAUGUAGCAGAGAGGGCACAGCUGCUCCUGGAUCAGUACCGUAAAAAGUCCAAACUCUACCGCAGCAAGGUGCUCCUUGUCCCGCUGGGAGACGACUUCCGCUACGACAAGGCGCUCGAGUGGGAUCAGCAGUAUACCAAUUACCAGAAGCUGUUUGACUACAUGAAUUCUCACCCAGAGAUGCACGUACAAGCUCAGUUUGGGACUCUCACAGACUACUUCAGCGCUGUAUACAAAGCACACGGAGUGGCCCAGGGAUCCAGACCCCCAGACUACCCUGUGCUUAGUGGAGAUUUCUUUGCUUAUGCAGACCGGGAAGACCACUACUGGACUGGCUAUUUCACCUCUCGGCCCUUUUACAAGAGCCUGGACCGUGUGAUAGAGUCACAUCUCAGGGGGGCCGAGAUCCUGUACAGCCUGGCGGUUGCGUAUGCUCGGCAUGCAGGCAUGGAAGGGCGCUACCCGGUCUCAGAUUAUGCCCUGCUAGUUGAUGCGAGACGGUCGGUCGGUCUCUUCCAACAUCAUGACGCCAUCACUGGCACUGCGAAGGAGAAUGUUGUCAUAGACUACGGCACCAGAUUACUGCGUUCACUCCUCGGUCUGAAGAGAGUAAUCAUCAAUGCUGCUCAUUUCCUGGUGAUGAAAAACAAGGACUUUUAUCGCUUUUACCAGACGGAGCCCUUCCUGGAGACAGAUGACAGGCGUGCCACUCAAGACUCCCUGCCUCAGCGCACUUUAAUCGAGCUGGACCCAGCAGGACCGAGGUACCUGGUUCUGUUUAACCCCAUCGAGCAGGAGCGCCUGUGUGUGGUGACUGUGUUGGUCAACACGGUGAAGGUGCGGGUGCUUACGGAGGAUGGACAGACCCUCCCUGUGCAGCUGAGUCCUCAGUGGGGCUCUGCCACUCAAAUGAGUGCAGAGGUGUUUGAGGCAACAUUCAUGGUCCGUCUGCCGCCGUUGGGCCUGGCUGUGUUCCAUCUUUACGACUCGGCUGACUCGCCCAUGACGUUCCGCUCUGACACCCUGCUCCGGCUGUCUGAUCGGGCCGCCGCUGCUCGUGCCGCAGACCCGCUUCCUGUCCGCUCCCAGCAGUCUGACCCGCAGACCUUCUACAUCAGCAGCCAGUCUCUCACUCUGGGCUUCUCUGGAACCACCGGCCUGCUGGAGAGCAUCAAGCACAAGGAUGAUCCUCAGGAAGUGAAGGUUCAGAUGCAGUUUGUGGUCUACGGCACCCGUCCCUCGAAAGACAAAAGUGGAGCUUACCUCUUCCUGCCUGAUGGAAAAGCAAAGCCCUACAACCAGAAGGAGCCACCCGUUGUGCGCGUCGUGGAGGGGCCUCUCUUCUCGGAGGUGGUGGCGUACUUCCAGCAUUUUCAGCAGACCAUUCGCAUACACAAUGUGCCAGGGGUGGAAGGGUUAUCUAUAGACAUCGCUACGACGGUGGACAUCCGAGAUCAGACCAAUAAGGAGCUGGCAAUGCGACUGGUCACUGACAUCCAGACUGGAGACGUCUUCUACACAGAUCUCAAUGGCUUCCAGAUACAGCCUCGCCGCCGCCACCUCAAGCUCCCCCUGCAGGGCAACUUCUAUCCCAUGUCCAGCCAGGUGUACAUCCAGGACAGCAAUCACCGCCUCACGCUGCACACGGCUCAGGCCCUGGGUGUCACCAGCCUGGAGAGUGGCCAGCUUGAAGUGAUCAUGGACCGGCGGCUGAUGCAGGACGAUAACCGCGGGCUGGGUCAGGGCCUGAAGGACAACAAGAAGACGACCAACCGCUUCCGACUGCUGCUGGAGAGGAGAUCCAUGGGCAACAAGAUUAUGGACAGUGCAACAACCAGCUUCCCGUCCAUCCUCAGUCACAUGACCAACACCUUCCUGAACCACGAGGUCUUGGCUCUGCCCGUCGUGCCCAAAAGACGCGGCGUCCCUCCGCUGCAAACCUUCGCCCCUCUCAAGUCCAUCCUCCCCUGCGACUUCCACCUGCUGAACCUGCGCAGCAUCCAGAGCCAGGUGACAAGCACAACAUUUAUCUUAGGUGUUUUUGUUGUCUUGACUUUGAAAUUAACACAUGUCCUCCCCCCCACCCACCCGUGUGAGCAACAGGACCCCAACUCUCCGUCUCUGUACACAGCCAUGAUUCUUCACCGUCUGGCGCUGGACUGUGGCCUGGAGGCUCAGAACCUGGGCUUCAACUGCACCACCACUCAAGGACAGCUGAGCGUGUCAGGACUGUUUAAGAACCUGGACCUGCAGCUGCUCCAGCCCAUGUCCCUGACGCUGAUGCACUCCAGCGCGCCGCUCGCCAACGACUCCUCCAUCAGCCUGGAUCCCAUGGAGAUCUCCACCUUCAAGCUCAAACUGCACUAAGAGCCAUCCAGACUAAAAGACGCAAUACAAAUAAAAAAACUGAACAGACUCUUUGGACCAAGAACCAGGCCCACGUCUGGCAACAGAGGGGGGGGGAGGGGCAGGGGGCGGGUCUAGUACUCUCUGUUUUGUCAAGCAGAACCGCAAACAGUACGGUUCCACUGUAACCGGACCGACUGCGCAGCAGGGGGCAGGAGAUCGCGGGUUACUGUGGACGUCUCCGAGAGCGGCCGUCCCGGUGGACCUGCAGACACAGCCCAGCGCCUCUUUGUCUCUGUAAUCCAAAAUGAAGUUCUGCUUUUUAAGAACUUGUGUCUUUUUCUAUCUUUGCUCCAUCCUGGACUGAACUACUGAAUGUAAAUAUCCCAAAUGACGUGGGGGGGGGGCCGCGGCGGCGGUGGUGUCUGGGAGGCUGGGACAUUUGCAAUUGACAUAGCUUUAUUUGGUGUAUGGGUUUAUCAUUGGUUCUUUUUUUUAUGUAUUCAAUGAAGCAGCUGCAUCACAGUGACUUUGUAAUUGUCAAAUUAUAAUUGAUUCGAAAGACUUGAGUGCAGAGAGAGAGAGAGAGAGAGAGAGAGAGAAUAUGUGUGGUCUCUCUUCAUCUCAGCUCGCGAGGAGACCCAAGCUGCGGCUCUUUAGCUAUCAGCUGUCUGGAGUGCCAGGUCGGUCACUAUGAGAACAAUGAGAUCAUUAUUCAUUUGGGAUGACUGUUUACCUUCUGUUCGCUGGGUUCGUACGUAGAUAGUCAGGAGACUUUCCUUCACUUCUUUUUCCUCUUGGCGUGUGAGAUUUGCAUUUCAAAGCCCCUGUCUGUCAUUCCUGUGCUUGUACUUCACUGCUGAGAGGGCUGUUUCUCUUCUUCCAUUCUGUAUGCAGACUAGAAAAAGACUUCUCAUAUAUACCAUACUGUGUGUGUGUGUGUG